AUCACACGAAAUCCAAUUGACCAUCGUGAGAAGAGCAGGCCAGGAAAGAACCACAUGUCAGCCAGGGGAAGGCCGCGGUGCCUGCGUCUGCGCCAUGGACCCGGGCCUUCCGUGCAGCAGCGCCGGCCGUUGAACCAUUUCAUUUCGCAAGCCCCCGAACCUACCGAAUCCGCCGAACCACCACCCCCUCCCCCGCACCGCUUCACCCUCGCCGUGAAGGACAACAUCGCCACGUCCGCCCCGCACCCGACGACAUGCGCCUCCCCGUUCCUCGCCGGCUACCACUCGCCCUUCGAAGCGACCAUCGUCACGCAGCUCCGCGCGCGCGGCGCCCGCCUCGUCGGCACCACCAACCUGGACGAGUUCGGCAUGGGCAGCCACAGCACGCACUCGGCCUUUGGCGCCGUCGCGCAGGACCCCUCCGCCUCCGCCUCCGCCUCCGCCUCCGCCUCCGCCUCCGCCUCCAACCGCUCCACCACCGACACAAACGACAACAACAACGCCCGCGACGACGGCCCGCCGCCGCUGUUCUCCGCCGGCGGCAGCUCGGGCGGCAGCGCGGUGGCGGUGGCCUCGGGCGCGGCCGACGUCGCGCUGGGCACCGACACGGGCGGCUCCGUGCGCCUGCCCGCCGCCUACUGCGCCGUCGUCGGCUUCAAGCCGUCGUACGGCAUGCUCUCGCGCUUCGGCGUCGUGCCGUAUGCCAACUCGCUCGACACCGUCGGCCUGCUCGCGCGCGCCGUGGGCGUCAUUCGCCGGCUGGUUGUUGGUUCGGGGCAGCAGCAGCAGCAGCAGCAGCAGCCGCAGCCGCAAGGCAGGGGAUUGGAAGGAGGGGAAGAAGAGGUGGGGGGGCUGUGGAGGGAGGGGGAUCCGCGGGAUCCGACGGCGCUGUCGGUUGCGGCGAGGGAGAGGUGCGCGAGCGUGAGGGAGGGGUAUGCGGGUGAGUUGGAUGGUGAUGUGGCGGCCCAGAGACUGCGCGGGCUGCGGUUGGGCAUCCCGCUGGAGUAUAACAUCGCGGAGCUGGACCCGAGGAUACGCGACGCCUGGGCGGCCGCGGCGAAGGUGCUGCAGGACGGGUUCGGCGCGCGCGUGGUGCCCGUGUCGCUGCCGUCGACGCGCCACGCGCUGUCCGCGUACUACGUCAUCGCGCCCGCCGAGGCCUCGUCCAACCUGGCCAAGUACGACGGCGUCCGGUAUGGAACGAGAGACACCGAGUCCGGCAGCGACGCCGCCGGCGGGGUGCUCUACGCCGCCAGCCGCGGCCGCGGGUUCGGCGACGAGGUCAAGCGGCGCAUCCUGCUCGGCUCGUACACGCUGAGCUCCGAGGCCAUGGACAACUACUUCAUCCAGGCGCAGCGGGUGCGCCGCCUGGUGCGCCGGGACUUCAACCGCGUGUUCGCGCUCGACAACCCGCUGCACGAGCGCGAGACCUUCGACCUGGCCGACCUGGACGAGGGCGUCGCCAUGGAGGACAAGUGGGGCCCCGAGGAGGUGGACUUCCUGCUGUGUCCGACGGCGCCGACGCUGGCGCCGACGCUGGAGGACGUCAUGAGCCAGACGACCGUCGACGCAUACAUGAACGACGUGUUUACGGUCCCGGCGAGUCUGGCGGGCCUGCCCGCUAUUAGCAUCCCGAUGCCGAUCAAAGGGGAAACCGGGGUGGAUGUCCCGCAGAGGCCCGCUGCUGCGGGCUUGCAGCUGAUCGGGCAGUAUUGGGACGACGCCCGGCUACUUGCCGUGGCGGAGGCAGUCUCUAACGUACUCGGGGACGCAGCCCUUGCCAGGUGACGAGGAGGAUGUUGCUUUUUGGACGUGCGGGAUUCUUGGACCUCGGGUUGUCAGAGAGGCCGGUCUCACGAUCCUGCCUGAUUAGCGCGCGGGGACGGUUCUUGGAAGCGACGUCAU